GGCUCAGGAAGAUCCUCCACGACGAACCUCCACCUCGGCACAAGUAUACUUAGAAGCUGAUUCCCCUUUAACACCUGAGCUUACCUCGGAGCCUGUACCAGAAAAAGUCAAAGUCCCCGAAAUCGGACUAUAUGAUGGAACGUCUGAUCCAGAUUCGCACCUCGGACAUUACACAUCAUGGAUGGAUCUUCACGGGGCCUCGGACGCACUUCGGUGUCGCAUGUUUUCCCUCACUCUGGGACCUCGAGCUCAGAAAUGGUACCACUCUUUGCCUCCUCAUUCAAUCUGGAAGUGGCAACAGCUGAGGUCGGCCUUCCGAUCUCAUUUCAUUGGGGCCCAAGUUUGUUUGGUUCCGAAAGAAUCUCUUGCAAAUGUAACUCAAAAAGAUGAUGAAAGUGUCAAGGAUUAUAUUGCUCGAUUCAAUGACCGAGUUCAAAAUAUGGAGCCAUGUCAUCCUGAAACCUUGUUGGUUAUGGCUAUCACGAGACUAAAACCGAACUCUAUUUUUCGAUGGACAUUAUGUCAGAACAAGCCAAACACCUUCCAGGAAUUCCUUGCCCGUGUUCAGCAACAUAUCAUUGCCGAGGAAGCAAUGUCGGUCCCCGAUUUUAAUUUCAAUCCGAAGUCAUCUAAGUCGGGAACAGAUGAUAGGAAGAAAAAUAAGUCCUUUGAUAAGCAAAAUAAGGCUCAAUUUCAAGGUUACCCCCGAGGAGACGCUAACGACCCCGAAAUCAGGGCAGCUCAGAAACAGUACGCUACCGACAUAAAAUCCGGUUACCAAACCGUGUAUUCGGCUGGGGCUGCCACCAUUUAUGAAGAGAUUAAAGGAAAGGGCAUUCUGCCCGAUCCCAAACCACUUCGGAUGCCUGAGGAAAAGUUGGAUAAAUCUCGAUAUUACCGAUGUGUUGCGCCAAAACGAAUCCGACAAGGAGAAAAAGAAGUCUUUAUGUUCACCUUGGAAAUACUCGAUAUUGACUCAACUGGGACCUCUCGAGGACUUAAGAGAAACCGAUCUCCCAGCCCGAUGCAAAUCACCGUCUAUCGAGUGAAUACCAAUAAUUCCCGAGGUACCUCAUCCCGUCGCCAAGUCAAAGCCUACGCUCGACAAGCUUACAACUCCGGCAAACAAGUUUUUACCACCGAUCUGAGAGACGUUCUCAAUGCCCGGAAUGGCCCCAUUACUUUAAACAUGGAAGAUGCAAAUCAUUUUGCACACCCUCAUUCCGACGCGCUCGUCAUCACCGUUCCAAUAUGUGGGAUCCCGGUUCACCGUGUCAUGGUCGAUACUGGGGCCUACUCAAGCAUUUUGAUGCUAAAAGCCUUUGACAAAAUGGGUCUCGACCCAACGGAUAUCCGACCUUGUAAUGAUCAAAUACAAGGGUUUAACGGAAGCAUCUCGAAGCCCAUCGGCGAAAUCACCCUGCCUGUCAGAUUUGGCACGCCUGAACAUGUAACCAAGCUUGUUAUGGAAACUUUUACAGUUCUCGACAUCAACAAUAAAUAUAACGCAAUCAUCGGAAGAACUACUCUGUACAAACUCCGA